AUGCGCAAUCGAAAGGGACGAGAUCACGACACCAACCUCAUUGAUGGCCGUUCUACAUAUUAUCAUCCUUUGGAUAAUGAUCAUCUGAUCAUGCUGGUCUUCAGAAAAAUAUACAGCAGACAUUCAGCACAGUGGACAGGUCUCUUCAAGUUCAUCAGGCUGCUGCUGCUUUCUGUUUCAAGAAUUCCCAUCUUCAUUGUAGUUCUGUGGUCUUUCAAGCAUGAAGACUAUAGCUGGGCUGCAUUAUUGGCCGACAUUGCUGUACCCAGUCAACCAGAACUUCAACUCUGGAUAAUGGAGACUGCAAAUCAGACAGUGACUGAAUUCUCUGGUGCAGGACAAACUCUUGCACCUCUCUGCACAAGCCGCUGCUGUGGACUGCUAAACCGAACACUGGCAGUCAUGUUCAUGGUCAGUUUGGCCUUUGCCAUUGUGGUGGGAAACGUGGUGACACUGACUGUUUUCAUGCAGACCCGGCAUUCUCGAACACCACAGGGCUACCUCAAAGUGUCCCUGGCCAUUGCAGACAUGAUGGUUGGAGUCUUAGUGGUCCCGUUUUCUGUAUACACUGAAAUCUUUCUGAUGGCAAGCAGCACUCCUCCGCUGUGGUACCAGGGCAUCUCAACAGCGUCACUGGAGGAUGGAUCGGGAUCAUGGCAACCCUGUAUGCUGAUCGGUCCUGUUUUUGCCGGAUGCACUUUUGUCUCGAUUACUACGAUCUUUUUGAUGACAGUGGAGCGUAGUGUGGCAAUCCUGCGUCCGCUGCAUAAAGACACUCUUGUGACUCGGCAUCGUACCCUCUUCUUAAUCCUCUUGUCCUGGGCAGGCAGCUUCCUACUGGCCAUCUCUCCACUCAUGCUAAGCAACAGCUUCACUUUGGAGUACAACGAAUGCAGCAGAAUGUGCAACUAUGCACCCUUACUAGUAAGAAAUCAACUGCCUCCAGAUGCAAAUAUCCUUCUGUUGUUUCCAGCCUUCGACUUCAGUUUGCUCGGUGGCACGUUAGCAGUCAAUAUCCUGUCUUUCACCAGUAUUCGCCGUUACUCCCGCAAACGGAAGCUGUUGUCAGAAGGAAGUCUUGGCAUAGACGCAGGAGCCGGAGGGUGUCCCAUCAGACCCUCUUUUUCUGAUAUCAAAGCAGCUAAAACUAUUGGAAUCCUGACCUUUGCCUUCACAGCCUCAUUCUCUCCCAUUGCAGUAUUUGUGCUGGGGAACGUAGUGGGAUACACCUGGUGCAACUUCUCCUUUUUUGCAUUUUGGAUUCUGACCGGUAACAGUUGCUGCAAUGUAAUUAUUUACAGUGUUCGGGACCAUCGUUUUAGGAAAGGGCUGACUUUGCUCUUCCAGCGGAACAGAUCACAACCUCACUCUGAGAAAAGCUGA